CCCGUACUCGACCUUAUCAACACCCCCAAUCGCCUUCUUUUCCUCCGUCUUCGCUCGCUGCUCGCCAUUCGAAAAUGCUGGGCGCCAAACUGCUUCCCGUCAGCUUCUUUGGCGCCGCCGAGAAGUCGAGGCCCAAUUGGUAUGACCGCCACAUCUCGCCCAUCCUCCAGGCCGUCUGUCGCCGUGCCUGCACCCAUCCCAUCCACACCAUUGUCUUCACCGCCCUGCUCGCCAGCACCACCUACCUGAGCGUGCUCGAGAGCAGCCUCUUCGAGUCCGCCUCGCCCGACAGCGCCCUGAGCAAGGCCGACUUCAACACCCUACUCGCCGGUAGCAAGACUCUCCGCCUCGGCCCUGCCACCGAGUGGAAAUGGCAAGCCGAAGAGGAUCGUAACGACAUUGCCGCCGAAGAAUCCUCCGACAAGCUGGCUCUUCUGACCCUUCUCUUCCCCGACUCGACGCCUGCCAACGCUCCGCAAACCGCUCCCCUUGGAAACGCCGUUCCAAUCCCGCGCAACUCGUCCGCCGAGCUGCUCCCUAGCUCGUCUUCUGCCUUUUCACAGAUCUCCCACGACACCAGCUUGGCCUUUUCCAUCCCCUACGAUGAGACACCCGAGUUUCUCGCUGCCUUGCAAGAGAUUCCGGCCCCGGCGGACGCUUCCGAGGCUCAAGAGUCGGGCGACGGCACUGUCGAGGAGAAGAAAUGGAUCAUGAAAGCUGUCAAGAAUGGAGCCAACCAGGGCGGCGUGCGCCAAUGGGCUGAAACCUCUUGGACUUCUUUCUUGGACCUUCUCAAGAACGCUGAGACCCUAGACAUUGUCAUCAUGGCUCUGGGUUACCUGUCCAUGCACUUGACCUUUGUUUCGCUCUUCCUCUCCAUGAGGCGUCUGGGGUCCAACUUUUGGCUUGCAGCCACCGUCCUUUUCCAGUCCUUCUUUGCUUUCCUUUUCGGCCUUACCGUGACCACCAAGCUUGGCGUGCCCAUCAACAUGGUUUUGUUGUCCGAGGGUCUUCCGUUUCUCGUGGUUACCAUUGGCUUCGAGAAACCCAUUGUGCUGACCAAGGCUGUCCUUUCUGCCUCUCUCGAUUCGCGCCGCAAGGUGUCUUCUAACAGCAACGACAAUGCACCUUUGACCAUUCAAUACGCGGUCCAGACUGCUGUCAAGGAGAAAGGCUUCGAAAUAGUCCGUGACUACUUUGUCGAAAUCCUUAUUCUAGUUGCUGGCGCCUUCUCUGGUGUCCAGGGUGGCCUGCGCCAGUUUUGUUUCUUGGCGGCCUGGAUCCUGUUCUUCGAUGCUCUCCUGCUGCUGACUUUCUAUACUGCCAUUCUCACCAUCAAGCUCGAGAUCAACCGCAUCAAGCGCCACGUUGCUCUUAGAAGAACUCUCGAGGAUGAUGGCGUCAGCCGAAGUGUGGCAGAGAGCGUUGCCACGAACAACGACUGGCCCAAGCUUAACGGUAGCAUCGCUCAGGCUUCCGACACACCGGUAUUUGGGAGGAAGAUGAGAGAUAGUAGCAUUCCUCGCUUCAAGGUUCUUAUGGUUACGGGCUUCAUUGUCGUCAACAUUCUCAACCUCGCCACGAUUCCGUUCAGGAGUGGGCGUAAUACGCCCACAGCUUCCUCGGGCUUAUCUAGCAUGGUCACCCCUGCGGCCAUGGAUCCAUUCAAGGUUGCUGGUAAUGCGCUGGACACCAUAUUCACUUCUGCCAAGGAAAGGAACGCUCCCACACUUGUCACAGUUCUGACUCCAAUCAAGUAUGAGCUCCAGUACCCUUCUGUCCAUUACUCCCCUACCCAGGACGCAUCUGGUCUAUUUGAUGGAGAGUACAAGGAUCAAUUGAUGGAUGGCAUGGGAGGGCGCGUCGUUGAAGGCGUUUUGAAGAGCCUCGAGGAUCCAGUCCUGAGCAAGUGGAUUAUUGUUGCUCUGGCUCUCAGUCUGGCCUUCAACGGCUACCUUUUCAAUGCCGCUCGCUGGUCUAUCAAAGACUCGACCCACCCUCCCGGCAUCAAGCCCCCUGCGGACUAUGAGGUUUUGGACAAGGCGCCAAGCAAUGUCAAGUUGGUUGACGCGUCAGCUAACGAAGCACCGGCUCCCGUCUCGGUCCCUGACCCUGUCAAAGACGAUGAUUCUGAAGAUGGAUUGGUUAUGAAGUCGACUGCCCACCAAGCGACCGGCCCCAAGCGCCCUCUGCAGGAACUCGAGCUUCUGCUGAAAGAGAAAAAGGUUAGCUUGAUGACGGACGAGGAGCUCAUCGAGCUCUCGCUUAAAGGCAAGAUUCCUGGUUAUGCUUUGGAGAAGACACUUGGGGACAAGACCCGUGCUGUCAAGGUCCGCCGAGCAGUCGUGUCACGUACUCAUGCGACUCGCCACACGUCCAAUCUCCUUGAAAAGUCGAAGCUGCCAUAUGAGGGCUACAACUACGACCUUGUUCACGGUGCUUGCUGCGAAAACGUCAUCGGUUACCUGCCACUUCCAGUUGGUGUUGCUGGCCCUCUGAUGAUAGAUGGCCAGAACUAUUUUAUUCCCAUGGCUACCACCGAAGGCGUCUUGGUCGCCAGCGCUAGCAGAGGUUGCAAGGCCAUCAACGCUGGAGGUGGUGUUGUGUCGGCACUUAUUGGCGAUGGCAUGACCCGUGGUCCUUGUGUUGGUUUCGAAACGUUGACAAGGGCUGCUGCUGCCAAGGUGUGGCUCGACUCCGAGGAAGGACAGCGGGUUAUGAAGAAUGCCUUCAACUCGACGAGUCGCUUUGCUCGUCUUCAAACUAUGAAGACGGCAAUGGCUGGCACGUACCUCUACAUUCGGUUCAAGACCACGACUGGUGACGCUAUGGGUAUGAACAUGAUCUCUAAAGGCGUAGAGCAUGCUCUGAGCGUCAUGGCGAAUGAGGCCGGAUUUGAGGACAUGGCUAUCAUAUCCGUCUCCGGUAACUACUGCACUGACAAAAAGCCUGCUGCCAUAAACUGGAUUGACGGUCGUGGCAAAAGUAUUGUUGCCGAGGCCAUUAUUCCUGGCGACGUCGUUAAGAAUGUGUUGAAGAGCAAUGUCGAUGCUCUCGUCGAGCUUAACAUUAGCAAAAACUUGAUCGGAUCGGCAAUGGCUGGUAGUAUCGGCGGUUUCAACGCACACGCUGCCAACAUUGUCACGGCCAUCUUUUUGGCCACCGGGCAAGACCCCGCCCAAAACGUUGAGAGCAGCAAUUGUAUUGUUGUGAUGAAAAACUUGAAUGGCAACCUUCAAAUAUCUGUCUCCAUGCCUUCCAUCGAGGUCGGCACUAUUGGUGGAGGUACUAUACUUGAGCCUCAGGGUGCCAUGCUUGACCUUCUUGGUGUCAAGGGCGCUCAUCCCACCAACCCUGGCGACAACGCCCGUCAACUUGCCCGCAUAAUUGCUUCAGCUGUGUUGGCUGGUGAGCUCAGUUUGUGCAGUGCUCUUGCUGCCGGUCACCUUGUCAAGGCUCACAUGGCCCACAACCGUAGCCAAGUGCCAUCAAGAACGUCUACUCCAGCACCUCCGGCAGGUGUUCAAACGCCAACUUCCCUCGCCAUGACAAACAUAAGGGAUAAAGCUGCUGGGCGGCGUUGAUUAGUUGACAAGCUACGGUGCACCGGUUGCCGGCCGUUGCAUGAUGCCUUAUCAUUCAGAGGUUACUAUUAGCAUUCUCUUAGCGAUUAUAUAGAAGCGCUUUUUGUCCGCUUUGGAGUUCUAAAUAGAUAACAUAAUGAAUUGAUUAAACUCG